CUUUUAUCUUCCAAAGCUAUCAACGUGCUACAGCGAGCAUCCGACGCUCUCUGGUGCGUUUCUUCUUUCGAAUCCUCCUACAUCGCGGCCUGGGCGGCCUGAUUCUCUCUCAAAACCCGCCCAGCAUGGCCCAUAAAGACACCCUCUUCCGCUCGGCGAGCAUGUCCUUGACCCAGCUCUACAUCUCCAACGAAAUCGGUCGCGAAGUCGUCUCUGCCCUGGGUGAAGUUGGCGUUGUCCAAUUCCGCGAUUUGAACGCUGAGACGACUGCCUUCCAACGCACCUUUACCAAAGAGAUCCGCCGACUAGACAAUGUCGAACGCCAGUUCCGUUAUUUCAAGGCGCAGAUGGACAAAUCUCAGAUCGAGAUGAAGAGCCAUUGGGACUUCGACGAGAAUAUGCUUGCAGUCCCGCAGGCCAGUGAGAUUGAUGCCCUUGUGGAACGUGCAGAGAGCCUGGAACAACGUAUCAGCAGCUUGAAUGAAAGCUAUGAAACACUCAAGAAGAGGGAGGUCGAGUUGACCGAAUGGCGAUGGGUUCUUAAGGAGGCCGGAGGUUUCUUUGACAGAGCCCAUGGACAAACAGAAGAUAUCCGCGCAAGUCUUGAUGAAGAUGACGCGCCUUUGCUUCGGAAUACAGAGGCUGAGGAAGGCAGAGCUAACGGCGAUGCCACUCAACAACAGCAGCAGAGCUUUGCUGUCAUGAACAUUGGCUUUGUCUCUGGAGUCAUCCCCCGUGAGCGACUCCCUGCAUUUGAACGUAUCCUGUGGAGAACCCUCCGUGGCAAUCUGUACAUGAAUCAGUCUGAAAUUCCAGAGCCCAUCAUCAACCCGGAGAACAACGAGGAGAUACAGAAGAACGUCUUUGUGAUCUUCGCUCACGGCAAGGAAAUCAUUGCGAAGAUCAGAAAGAUUUCAGAAUCUCUGGGGGCAGACCUCUACAACGUCGAUGAGAACAGUGAUGUCCGCAGGGACCAGAUUCACGAAGUCAACACCCGCCUCAGUGACCUUGCCAGUGUCCUCCGGAACACCAAAAACACCCUUGAUGCGGAACUGAGUGCCAUUGCCCGCUCUCUCGCUGCUUGGAUGAUUGUCAUCAAGAAAGAGAAGGCCGUCUACAAUGCCUUGAACAUGUGCUCUUACGAUCAAGCUAGAAAGACCUUGAUUGCGGAAGCUUGGUGCCCCACCAAUACUCUGCCGCAGAUUCGACGCACCCUACAAGACGUCAACGAUCAGGCUGGAUUGUCGGUGCCAACCAUUGUGAAUCAGAUCAAGACCAACAGGACUCCACCUACUUACAACAAGACUAAUAAGUUUACUGAAGGCUUUCAAACCAUCAUUAAUGCCUAUGGAACUGCCAAAUACCAGGAAGUCAAUCCUGGCCUUUACACCAUCGUUACGUUCCCGUUCCUGUUCGCUGUCAUGUUCGGUGACUUUGGACACGGAUGCUUGAUGGCCAUGGCCGCCGCGGCAAUGAUCUAUUGGGAAAAGCCAUUAGCUCGAUCCAAGCAGGAUGAACUGUUCGCGAUGGCAUUCUAUGGUCGCUACAUCAUGUUGAUGAUGGGGAUCUUCUCCAUGUAUACCGGUCUCAUCUAUAACGAUGUCUUUUCAAAAGGCUUUACUCCUUUCGCCUCCGCCUGGGAAUUCCCUGAAGAGGGCCGUCCAGAAGUUACCGCUCAUCUCAAGGGUAGUUAUCGGUAUCCAUUCGGUUUGGAUUGGGCAUGGCACGGCUCCGAGAAUGACUUGCUCUUCAGCAACAGUCUGAAAAUGAAGCUGUCAAUCCUCAUGGGUUGGGCCCACAUGACCUACGCUCUAUGCUUCUCAUAUGUCAACGCCCGACACUUCAAAUCUUGGGUCGAUAUCUGGGGUAAUUUUGUGCCGGGGAUGGUAUUCUUCCAAGCUAUCUUCGGAUACCUCUCUUUCUGCAUCAUUUACAAAUGGUCCAUCGACUGGCCGGCUGAAGGUCGGAACCCACCAUCCCUGCUCAACAUGUUGAUUCAGAUGUUCCUGUCGCCCGGGAACGUAGAAGAAAGCGAACAGCUUUACUCAGGUCAAGCAGGCGUGCAAGUAUUCCUGCUUUUGAUUGCUGUCAUCAAUGUGCCUAUUCUUCUGCUUUUCAAGCCUCUAUGCCUGCGCUGGCAACACCAGAAGACGGCUGCUCAAGGAUACCGCGGCAUCGGCGACACCAGUCGCGUCACGCAUGCAACAGAUCUAGAUGAUGACGAUGAGGAGAAUGCCAACGCCAACGAACGGCGUAUGAAUGGCCGGCCGAGUGAGGAUGAUGACGAAGGUGCAAUGAUCACCGAAAAUAUCGGAGAGGAGGAAGAAGAAGAAUUCGAGUUCUCAGAAGUCAUGAUCCAUCAGACUAUUCAUACGAUCGAGUUCUGUCUAAACUGCGUCUCCCAUACCGCUUCGUAUCUUCGACUCUGGGCCCUCUCUCUUGCUCAUCAACAACUCUCGGUUGUGCUGUGGAAUAUGACACUGGGAAAUGCUUUCGGGGUCUCUUCUGGCCCGGCACAGGUCAUCAUGGUCGUUGUCACCUUUUACUUCUGGUUUGUGUUAACUAUUGCUGUCUUGUGUGUUAUGGAAGGGACGAGUGCUAUGUUGCACAGUCUCAGGUUGCACUGGGUAGAAGCGAUGAGUAAACACUUCAUUGGGGAGGGUGUGACAUUUGAACCUUUCAGUUUCAAGUUGAUGUUAGAAGAAGAACCAGUGGACUAAGCGAGGAGAUACAUAGAGGAACCUUAUGAAGGAUAUUGAAAGCAAGUAUAGGGUGCAGAUCACAUCGAACAAUAAUCCAUUCUUCCAUCCACACUUCCAAUGAUCCGGAUGGUUCUCCUUUACCCCAGAGUUCCAGC